GUCUCCGACCUCUCUACAACCUAACCCUAGCCAUUUUCUCUCUGAAUUUCCCUUCAAAGAUGUUUGAAUUAAGGCUGGUUCAGGGUAGUUUGUUGAAGAAGGUUCUAGAUGCCAUAAAAGAUUUGGUGAAUGAUGCGAAUUUCGACUGUUCCUCGAGUGGCUUGUCCUUGCAAGCCAUGGACUCCAGCCACGUCGCGCUGGUGGCUCUGCUGCUCAGAUCCGAAAGCUUUGAGCACUACCACUGUGACUGUAAUUUUUCCAUGGGGAUUAAUCUUAACAAUAUGGCUAAGAUGCUCAAGUGCGCUGGAAACGAUGACAUCAUCACCAUUAAAGGCGAUGAUGGUAGUGAUACUGUUACCUUCAUGUCUGAAAGUUCCACUCAAGAUAAGAUAGCUGAUUUUGAAAUGAAGCUUAUGGACAUCGACAGUGAGCUCCUUGGAAUUCCAGAAGCAGAGUACCAGGCAGUGAGCACCUUAUAUAAGAUUUUACCUGGCGCCUAAGGUUGAAGAGGAUGAAGAAGAGACAAAGCCUUGAGUUUGAAUGCUCCAGCAGUGGACCCAAACCUUUUGCUUAGAGACUAUAAUGCCCU